UUUGUGGUUUAUGAUCAAGAAAAAUCUCAGGGUUUUAUAUCGGUACGUAUAUACUUUGAUAAUUAAUUUACUGUGAACUUUGAGUCACAGGCGGCCUUAUUUGAAUAAGGAGCUAUGAAUAUAAAUGUAUAAAAAGGACAGACACUCUCCGGCAAAUGCUUGUAAUAUUGACUGAGUUUUUCAACAGGGGUCACGGGUAAAUUUAAAAAUGCAUCAAACCCAUUGCUUCCCCACGCCCGGCAACCGAGUCGCAAGCAAUUCUAGUUAGUGGAGCUGGAGACGUUGAGCUGCUGGUUCUCGGUGGGGAGGGAAGAAGCGGGUCUGCCAUUGGCUGCUGCGCGGGCGGCACGGCCAUUGGUUCCGGCGCGACCCCUCCCCCACCCCGACGACGCAGUCACGCGCUUUCCAGGAACCCGUCAGGAAGAUAUCAACAAAACAAGCGCGCGCCUCGCUGCCCCCUGAACGCUCCGCUCGCAUCACGCCCCGGAUCUCCAGAGGUAGGCUUGAGAGUUAAAAAGAAUUAUCCUGGGAGAGACUUCAUGAUAGUGAAUUUUGUGUACUAAAGUUGACACAUUUGUUCAUCACUUCAACUAUUUAGUAAAACUGGAAGCGACUCAACCAAAACAACAGGAAAACAUUCUCUUGGAUAAAGCAGAUGUGGGUGUGGGAAUGCCGCAGCCCAAUGUUAGUGGAAUGGAUCCUCCAUUUGGGGAUGCCUUUCGUAGCCGCACAUUUUCAGAUCAGGCCUUAACCAGCACGGAUUUGUUGGGGAAUAACUCUGAUCCUGAUUUCAUAUAUGAACUGGAUAGAGAAAUGACUUGCACUCACAGCUCCAGAGAUGAUUCCGUUACUUUGGAAGAGUGUAAAGAUUUGGACAUUUUAGAUCCUCUAAAUGAGCUACUAGAUUCAGAUCCUUCCUAUACUUCAAACUGGGAACAAUGGGACGCAUGCUGGGAAGAUUUAACAAAAUAUACGAAAUUAACUAGCUGUGAUAUUUGGGGAACCAAGGAAGUGGAUUUUCUUGGGUUAGAUGAUUUUUCCAGUCCUUAUCAAAAUGAAGAAGUCAUCAGCAGAACUCCUACGUUGGCCCAGCUAAAUUGUGAAGAUUCGCAACCUGUUUUAGAUUCGUUGUAUCAUCCUGAUUUACUAAAAAGUUUAAAUCAGAAUUCAUUAGCCUCUUCUCUGGCUGGUAAAAAACUUGCAAGUAGGGCAACGCCUCCAGUGUCAUCUGCUAGAAGUCCCUGUAUAGAUGCCUGCUUGCCUGAAACAACUCAAAAAAUAGCCAGAUCUAUUUCUUCAAGUGCAUCCGUGGACAACAGCAACAAACUACAGACACUUAACAACAAAACAGGUUCAGUUCAUGUGGAUAACAAAGACUUUGUUAAGAAAGCUAAAGUCUGGAUUAAUCCAAUUUCAAUUGGUAAAUCAACCUUGGGUGCGACGCAAGUUACGCACAGCAACGUACCAGACAAUUCCUGUUGUAGUGAUAUUGGAGCAAUACCCAAAAAAGUGGAAAAGAAGAAUGCAGAAAGUUUACACUCUAAUAAAAUGCCCACUAUAUUCAAAGAAAACAAUGACCUGCUUACUCCAACUGAAACAGUUGAAAUAUUGUCACAACCUGUUUCUGAUCACACCCAGAAAAAGGAAGAGCAUAAUUAUUCUUUGUUUGUUUCUGAUGGUGUGAAUGAACAGUCUCCUUGUAUUGAACAGGAGGCAGAAGACGACGAUGAGGAUGAAGACGACGACGAAGACCACGAUGAAGGAUUUGGUAGUGAACAUGAGUAUAGUGAUAAUGAGGAAGAUGAAGAUGAUGAAGAGGAGGAAGACAAGGAUGAUGACGUCAGUGAUACCUUCUCUGAACCAGGAUAUGAAAAUGAUAUGGCUGAUGAUGUGAAAGACACAUUAACUGGCAUUUCCAGAAAAAGGAGCAAAAGAAGAUACUUCUGGGAGUACAGUGAACAACAGAUACCACCACCUAAACAAGAUCGAAUGUUAAAGCCUUCCGAAUGGGAUAGAGAUACAUUGCCCAGUAAUAUGUAUCAGAAAAAUGGUUUACAACAUGGAAAAUAUUUAGUGAAGAAAUCUCGCAGAACUGAUGUUGAAGAUUUGACUCCAAAUCCAAGAAAAUUGCUACAGAUUGGAAAUGAGCUUAGAAAAUUAAACAAGGUGAUUAGUGAUCUGACACCUGUAAGUGAACUACCAUUAACUGCCAGACCAAGAUCCAGAAAAGAGAAGAAUAAACUGGCAUCCAGGGCUUGUCGACUAAAGAAAAAGGCUCAAUAUGAAGCUAAUAAAGUAAAGCUUUGGGGUCUCAACACAGAAUAUGAUCAUCUGCUUUAUGUGAUUAACUCAAUCAAACAGGAAAUUGUAAGUCGAGUACAGAGUCAGGGGGAAAAGGAAAGCACUGGCAUGCUAGAAAAGCUUGAAAAUCUCUUAAAUAAAACACUUGGGACAAAGGUAGCUGGACAAACAUCUGACUUUGUCAACCAAGUGUUGGAAAAGACAGGAGAAGGGGACCCCACAGGUGGUCUUGAAGGUCUUCGAGUCCCUACAUCAAAAGUAUAAUGUGCCAUCUUCUGUGAAAAUCAGCUUCCGCCUAUAAUUACAUGUCUGCCAUUUUUGUGAUAAAUGUCUGAUUCAUUAUAAAAAGUGACAGUUUGUUAGUUGUGUUAGGUCUGUUUUAAAACGAGAGAAGAAAACUCGUGUUGAUACAGAGUUCUUGGGAAAAAAUGCUUAAAUAGAUAGGGUUAUAUGUACUCAGGUACUAGAAGGUAAAUUUUACUUACCUACUUUGAUGUGUUCUAAUAUGUUGGUUGAAGCUUAUGUUAAGUUUCAUGAGAAACAUUGAUGCAGUGGUUGAAUCGAGAAAUCAACAAAUUAUUUGUAGUUCCUUUUAGCAUUAACAGCUGUUGCUGAUUAUUUUUCCAUUAACGCCAUUGCUAUAUAUUCUUCUUGUAGAUAUUUCUGUAUUAAAUAUGUGUUAAAUAGUUCAUAGAGUAAAUUACAUGGCCUUUUCAGACAUUGCAUAAAUAUUUAAGUUUCAGAAAGGAGUAAUAUUCUUUGUGCCUUGUAUUUAAAAUGAAAGAAAAGAUAUAAGGUAAUGGAUGUAUAGUGGGUAAAUUUUAUGGAUUUAAAAAGUAUUUGUUUAUUUUCACUCUUUGGCUGUUUAAACCAUUAUGAAUGUAUAUAGGAAUAUUUCAACGAUAUAGAUAUAUGCCACAGAGUCUGUAUUGUAUAAAGAUGGUUAUUGAAACAAGGGUUUCGGUACUUUUCAGAAAUAUUUGCACACUAUUUUGUACCAAAGACAAAUGCAAUUAUUUGGCAUAAUGCCAGUGAAGUAAAGUUUUGCACAGCUUACACUGAUACAAAAUUGAAUGUAAUCAGGGUGGGGUUAGGGUUUUACGAGAACUGUGAAAUAUGUUGUGUGGGUCCAAAUAUCCACAGAAAGAGGAUGCAAGUACACUUUAUAAGAUUUUGAUCCUAUAAGCUUCUAGAAAAUCAGAUACUGAGAGUUUAUGGGCUCAUCUUCUGCAGAUGUAGAUACAUAAGAAUGUAGAAAUAAUUUAUAAGUAGUUUUGUGUUAACAUUUCAGUGUAAUGUAAUGGCUUGCAGUUGUUACAUUAAAAGAAAAAAAAGCAUGUAUGUGAUACUCUUGCAACAAAGGCAAAUAACCAAAAUUUAAUUUUAUCUAUUUGUAAAAUUGUAUAAAUGUAUAUUGCCUAUCUAUACUGAAAUCCUUUAGUUGCCACCUUUUGCAUUUAAUGUAGUAAUGUGCAUGUCAGAUUUCUAAAUGUUACUUGAUAGGAUGUAAAAAGUACUUCUAAAGCUAUAUAUUUUUGUAUUUUCAAUUACGUAACCAAAAUAGAUAUCGUUUAAGGUAAAAAUAUGAAUACUGUUGAUCUUAUUUGGUCAUUGCUGUAGCUCUUCAAUUAGAAUAUUACAAAAAGUCCAAUUUUGGUUUCAGCUUUUAUUUUGUAUAGGCAAUAUUGUAACUGGAUUGAAAGGUUAUUUCACUUUGGUAGAUCAUAGGUCCAAAAAGAGCCUUCACAGUUAUUGACUUCUUUAAUUGUGAAGUGUUGCUAGCUGAGAGUUAUUGUCAGAUUUCAGUUUAGUGUUAACAUUCAUACUGUGUACUACAGAAGUGCAGUUGAUUUUGAUUCUCAGUGUAUCUCUGUAAAUAAAGGUAGCUUGUUCAUUGAUGAUAUUUUACUUCAUGGAUAUUAGAAUCGCACUUUGUCACCGUUGCAUUUGUAUUCCUGCCAUUUGCUGCUACUCCUGACCUAUAAGAAUGCUACAUUGAUACUUGAUUUAUACCUGUUAGUAAAAUGUAUAGUUAUGCUUGGGCAACAAGAUGAAAGCAAGCUGUGCAGCUUUACAUUUUACCAGGGGACUCUGUGGCACCAAACAGUCUAGAAAUGGUUGUAAUUUGAUGCCAGUAAUAUCUUGCUUCCUUUUUCAUUAAGUAUUUUAAUGUAUGCUAAUAUAUAAAAAUAACCUUAUAAAAAGAGAAAUGUAUAACAUUCUAUUUGGAGAUUUUGAUAUAUUGAGCAUGCUCAGUGUUCUUAGAAUGAUUGGUUUAUCCUUGUUUUAAGUUGUGGAACAACAGAUCUGUGAAACUAUCUCCAGUCAGAAUGCCCCCAAUAGAACUGAAUAGCAUUUUAAUAUGUUUAAAUUUAUUUAGUCCUAUUUUCAGACCUUAUCUGUUUUCAAUAUUCAUUUUCUCUCGCACAAUUGCAAUAGUUUUACAUUGCAGAACUGAGCUUGACUCAGUCAACCAAAACCAGCAGCUUGGAUAAAUUAAAAUGAUAACUUCUGUUCCUUUAAUAUUUCAGUACUGUACACUAGAAAAUAAAGUCAGAUUUUUUAAAUAUGUAGAAAGAGCUGUAUGUUCUAAAUAUCACACAAAAAAGUAAAAGGUUGGCAGCAAAGUCAGUUGUAAGAUAAAGAAAUUACUAGAAAUUGUUAAGAAAUAGAAGUGGGAGUAGGUCAUUCAGCCCUUUAUGCCUGUUUUGCUGUUUUACCUCAGUGCCAUAAUCCUGCACUAACCCAAAAUCCUGUGAUGCCCUUAGUAGCCAAAAAUCUAUUUAUUUCUGACUUGAAUAUACACCGCCUCUGCCACCGUUUGAGGUAGAGAACUCCAAAGAUUCAUUAUCCUCUGGAUAAAUGAGUUUUCCUCAUUUCAAUCAUAAAUGACUGACCUCUUUGCAUCUGUGACCCCUGCUUCUAGACAUUUCAGCCAGGGGAAGCAUUUUCCUGAUAAACCCUGAAGAAAUUUCUGUGUUUCUGUGAGAUCACGUCUCAUUCUUCUGAAUAUGAGAAUCUGGGCCCAGUCUAUUGUAAGUAUAUACAUACUUAAGGAGAUCAGACAGACACAAUAUUAUAGGUGUAUUUUCACCCACGCCUCACAUAAUUAGAUUGAAGCAUUUGCCCUAUACACAAGUUCUUCUCUGAUAAAUGCUGACUACUCUUUGCCUUCCUGGAGGCAUGCUGCACUUAAAUAUUAGCUUGCAGUCAUUUGUGUACUAGGACACCAAAGUCCCUCUGAACACUAUUUCCAUAAAUUUCUCUUAGAAGUAUUCUGCCUUUCUGUUUUCUCUACCAAAGCAAAUAACUUUUUUUUUUACAGUUCUCAUUCCGUUUGCCAGACAUUUUCCCAUUCAGCAUGUGCAUAUCUUAUUGAGAGCCUUUAUAACCUAUACUGCCACCACAGUUCAAAUCAUUGGCAAACUUGAACAAAUGACACCUAGUCCUCAUCCAGUUUUUAAAUGUAUAUUGUAAAUAGGUGGAGCAUCAUCACUAUUCCUUCCAACAACCCAUUGGUCACAGCCUCCUAGCCUAAAAGUAAAUUAUUUAUUCCUACCCUAUUUCUGUUAAAAACAAACCUCAAACCCAAGUAAUUUAAUUUUGUUUAAUACUCUCCAUAUAGCAGCAUCUUGUCACAAUCCUGAAAGUCCAAAUAGAUCACGUCACUGGUUUCCCUUAUCCAAUACAAUACAGCUUUACAAAAAAAAGUCAACAAAUUUGUCAAAUAUGAUUUCCCUUUACGCCUUCACAAAAUGGAUCCUCAGAUGCAAACUAUUGCCUUGGAUAAUUUUUGACCAUGUUUAUAGUGUUGGAAAUUGCAUAUGAUAGUUGAUACUGAAUAAGUUUAAAGCUAAUUAAUAACUGCCAGUAUGACUCUACUGAUAAGCAGUGUUUCUUCAUGAAAUUAGUUGGAUAAUCUAGAUUAUCUGCACCCUGAAGAUGUAUUCCCUGUUACAAGUUAAUACUUUUCAAAUUGUCACAAUGAAUGGUAAAUUUUAUUACCAAUGAUAAUAUUACUUAGCCAUAUUUAGAUUUUACUGAAUUUCCUAUCUCUAUUAUAAAUAUGAAGUUGUUAAGACCCAUAGAAUGCAACAUUCUUAGAAUGAGUAAUUUGCAUGUACAGAGAUUUUAUUUGCACAAUUUUAAGUGGUUAAUUGGAUCAUUCCUCUAAAUUAGUUACAUUUCUGGUUUUCUUUCUGAAAGAACACUUUUAAAGGAAUUCUCACCCAAUUGAUUUUAUUAAAAUAUUCUAACAAUUUGUAUAGUCAUUUUAAGAAAAUCUGUUUCCAAAUGUAAACAUUUUGCCAGAUAUUAUUGACAUGGUUAUGGCAACUUUCUAUAUACCAUUUAAAUUGAAGCUCUUCCAUGAAUUCACCAAACAACUAUACUCUUGCUCAAAGUUGACAGGUCUGUUGUUUCCAAUAUAAAGUUACCUACUUUAAGAGAAAAAUGUGUUUGAUACACAAUAUAUAUUUAAUAGUGGCACAAUAGAUUAUACGUAAGUUUAAAAUCCUGAACAUCUAUGCAGUUGUCUUCCAUCCAUGUGUUAAGUGAAAUAAGUGUUCACUUUGCAAGGCAUUUUAAACUUCUGUCAGCUCUUUAAAAAUUCUAUUAUUCAUCUUGAGUAACGGAAAUUAAAAUGAACUGCCGGCUAAUUUACUACUGUCAUUUUCUUUUGUUUCAUUCCUACCCUUUCCAUUUCUGUAGCACCAUUAUCUGGUGUCAUAUUGAAAGUGGAUAAAGGAUAUGGAAAGUGGCAUUAUUGUUAAUGAGUUAAAAUUAUUUAUAAUGCCAUGACUUAUACCAAAUUUAUACUGAAGCAUAAUUUUAUUCAUUGUACAUUCGGACAUCCAUGGGACCCUAUGUUUGACAAUUAAUAUAUGUAAAGUUAUGUAGAUCUUUAUUGCUAUUAUGUACUGAAGAAAGAUGGCAACAUUAUUUGUAAAGUGCUUAUUGCCUUUUUAAGAGAAUAAUUUCAGGGGGAUAUUUGAAUUUGAUUGUUACUGCUGUUGUAUCCUGCCACAACAAAAUCUGUCUAUAUUGCACUUGGAAUUUGCAUCGAUUUAAAUAUAAGUGAAAUGUACAGUAUAAUAUGUACAUAAGUAUUUUUUGCAUUUGGAAGAUUGUUUAAUUAGGCCUGUUUGGUACCAGCAUUGUGUGUAAGAAAGUUAUGACACCAGUCACUUUACUAAGUAUCUAUUUCAUAUCUUAAUGAAAUUAAAGCACUUUUAUUACAUUCAUAAUAUUUUGGUGGAAGAGAGACUAGGCAAACAGUUUUGAAGAUACAGUAUUAUUCAAAGUACUGAAUGUACUGAAGAUACAGUACUAAAUACUUUGUGACAUUGGAACACUAAUAUUUCCUCAAACAAAAUUAUUUAAGUAAUGUCAUAUCCUCAUUCAAUUUAGAAGUUAAUUAUUUUUAUAUUAUUUUGCUAAUUUUUAAAAAUUUUCAUGAGAAACAGUCCAAAGCCACUUCUGCUUUUUCAUUCCAGUUAACCUUUUUCUUAAUGUUUGCUUAGAACAAUACCAAAGCUAGAUUUCUCCACCCUCUUCAUGCAAAUUAAUUCUAUUACUAUUAUAAUAUAUGCCCUCGUUCCUGUCAAGCAAUUCAGAGUUCCCUUCAGUUCAUUGUUCAACUGAGCAUUAACCAUGAAAGCACAAUAUAGAGAUAUCUCAAAUGACGUGGUCAAGACUUCCAAUUAUAUCAGUUUUUAAUUUGAAUAAUCUUUGUAACUGAUCACUAUUUUAAAAUAAUUAUUCAAGGCCACAAUUAGUCACAUGGAAAUGUUAAUUCAACAGAAAAAUUCUUUAAUAAAUUGGUUAUGGUAGUCUGUAAAUUGUGUAGCUUGAGUGGGACUGAUGCUGGUACACAGCAGAGCCUUGUAUUACAAUUAAUUUUGUACUCAUUAAAACCGUGGUUAACGGUCGUGUGUUUAUAGGUGUACUGUGCCAUGAAAUGGUAGAACAAGGAUUUAAGUUUAUUUUCUCCAUAUACUAAUGGCCAGUCUUGUACUAGUGGAUAAUGACACCAGUCAGAAGUCAGGGACUUUACCCACAAGAAGGAAAAUUGGAGGACAACUCACUGUGAGUUUUGAUUAUUCAGCUAGCUCAAGAAUGAUAUAGGCAGACUCCUAAAAAUGGGCAAAUUAUCAUUUUUUGACUAGGAGACUUAAAAGGGAGUUUUUUUUUAAGUUGGCAACUAGUUACCAAUGAUACUAUAUAUGUUUGCCUGUCAGUUUGGAGGCAUUUUGUUUAAACCUCUGUGUAGGUUUGUUAGUGUAGGGGUUUUAAUUCUUAUACAGUUGCUGACUGUACAGAAAAUGGUGGAACAUAUUUUAAUGAACAAGGUUGUGUUGUGUUUCGGUGAUUGUACCCCAUUAACAAUUUUCUUAAUUGCUUCGUAUCAGCCAGGUGUUGGUACUAUAGCUACUUGUAAUCACAGUCUGAAUUUCAUAUUGUUUUGCAGAGAUUAUAAUAAAGCAACUAAACCUG